AUGAAAGUUAUUGAUUUAAUCGAAACAGGGAAUGUGCUGAAACAGCUGUCGGCGUUCGUGAAUCGCAAACGUGCGAUUGAAUCGGAUAAACGUUUGAGUGCGGACAUUAAGCGCAAACGUAUCGAGAAUUUGACGUUAACAUUGAAUGGUACCGAAUGCCGAAUCAGUGAUCUGUCACUUACUUUCUCGUAG